GAUGUAGAAGCCAUUUUCUCUUCUCAUGGGUAAAAAAAAUUGACAAUAGAUUUCUGUUGUAUUUUGUUCUUAAAUCUUUCUUCGUGUUAGUUUCCCAACACGAAAGCAACAAUUUGUUACUUCAGAAAGAAGUAACUUCAAUUUUACAGAAAGUCAUAAAACUUCUUUGCUUAAACAAGCAAGUACGGUUUCUCUAUUUGAUGUGACAAAGUUCGGAGACUAGUGUAUGUUUUAGUUUGAUUAGGAAUUAAGAUCAAGAAAAUAUUAUUCUUUUCCAAAGUUUUGGAAACUUGGAAAAUACCCAUGGCAACAUAUUCUUUGUUCGAGUGCCUCCUCGGUUAAAGUAUAAUAACCUCUUUACCUAUGAUACAAGACUCUAAUAUUAGAAUAAUACUUUCCUCUUCCAUUUACAAUACUAUAUUCUUUAUGUAUAAAAGUAACUUUCAAAGAAUGAAUUUUAUAAUAUUUGACAUUCAAAACCACAAAGAAUCAAACAAACAAAUCGGUUCAAGAACAAGUUCACCAUGAAGACAAAGUAUGGAGCAGUAGUUGCACCCGUUUUCGCCCUUGCUGGUGUCUAUGUUGCUUGGGAGUACAUAUACCAUCGUUUAUGGAGAAAGAAUAACGAAAACACUGACAUUCCAGAUAGCAAAAAUAGUAUACGUAAAAGCCUUGUUGAAAAAAGAAGAGACGAUAAUGUUAAAAACACUAGUAAGGAGGCUUCUUCGAGAAGAAGUGGAAGGGCUCAGAAUACCCUCUCAAGAUCUGUUUCAAUGGGGGCUAUUCGAGGAGGAAAGUUGGCAUUGAAGAGAUUGCUUGAUUUGCACUCAUAUAGUGCUGAUACUUCUUCCCUUGCAAAUGCUGAAAUCGAAUUUGAAUCCUUGCUUUCCAAGGAAAAUCCGGAUUUUGAGUUGCUUCAGAGAGACAUUGUGAAGAUGGAAACGAGUGGAAAAGAAGCAAAAGGAGUGGAGAUAUUAAAGAAAGCAUUAGAGAAAGCAAGAAAAGAAGAGAGAGGUCAUGAGGCUUAUGAGAUUGAAAUGUUGCUUGUGGAGAUGUUGAUCUACUUGGGAAACAUUGAAGAGGCUUUAAAAUGUAAGUGUUUAGAGGAUGAAGUCAUAACAGAUGCAAGACGUCCUUUUUACCAGGCUAUAAUCCAGUAUCUUAGUGGACAUCCUGAGAAGCAAGUGGAGGAGACAUUCAACAGGUUCAGGGAGAUUCAGAUCGGUCUACAAUGGCCUGGAAGCAGCUCAGAAGAGUGUGAGACUCGUGAAGUCACAUUAGAUGAGUUCAAGGAAGUGCUGGAGUCUCUCAAGCAAAAAAUCCAAGACAGCACGAACAUAAAAAUUGUAAACUCAACUCCACUUGACAAACAACAUUGACAUAGACAACCAAGAUAAAAUGAUGGAAGAUAUAUAUAUUUCAAUAAUUUCAAGAAAUGAUAAAAAAAAAAAAGAUUUGGUACAUUAAUUAAUUAAUAAUGACAUAUCUCUGAAUAGUCUCUACAUAUAUCAUAUUCACAUUUAUUUUCUCAA